AUGGCUAUCCACGGAUUAGGACAAUUAGACAAGACUUAUGAUGGUUCUAAGUUAAGAAUCGGAAUCUUACAUGCUAGAUGGAAUAAAGAAAUCAUUGAUUCCUUAGUUAAAGGAGCUCAUGAUAAAUUAUUAGAAUUCGGUGUGAAAGAAGAGAACAUCAUUAUUGAAUCAGUUCCUGGGUCUUUUGAAUUGCCUUUUGGAACCAAGAAAUUUUCAGAAAAAUGGGAUAAACAAGGUAAACCAUUAGAUGCUGUUAUUCCUAUCGGUGUUUUAAUUAAAGGUUCAACUAUGCAUUUCGAAUAUAUUUGUGAUUCUGUAUCCCAGAAGAUCAUGGAUUUAAGUUUUGAAUUGGGUAAACCAAUCAUUUUCGGGGUUUUAACUUGUUUAACUGAUGAACAAGCUAGACAAAGAGCUGGUUUAGGAGGUCAUAAUCAUGGUGCUGAUUGGGGUUUGGCUGCAAUUGAAAUGGCCACUAAAUUUGACUUAUAG